AUGUUAUUCACCACACGAUUUCCUAUCCUAUUUUUGUACAUCUUUGUAGUGUAUCUGGUGUUCUUUUUACUGUAUAUAUUGCACUAUGUGAAUAUUUCAUACAAUCGAUUUUCAGAGUUUGAUACUUCCAAUACGAUAUUCGAUUAUAUUGUAGUGGGAUGUGGUUCAGCAGGAGCUAUUGUAGCCAAAAGGCUUGCAGAAGACAGAAAUAUAACAGUUCUUGUUUUGGAAGCUGGACAACAUGGUAACUCGUUUUUAGAUAUUCCGUUUUUGGGGUUGUUACUGCAAAAUUCGCCGUUCGACUGGCAUUACACCACCGUAUCACAAGCCAAAUCUUGCUUGGCUCUCAAUAACAAUAAAAGCAUAUGGCCUACGGGAAAAAUCGUAGGAGGUACUGGAAUGUUGAACAAUAUGAUUUACGUAAGGGGACAUGAACAAGAUUUCCAUGAAUGGUACAAAGAUAAAGAAGGAUACAACUAUAAAGAAGAUGUCUUACCUUAUUUCCAAAAAUUCGAACGAUGGGGCAAAACAUCAGAUGAUAGCCAAACUUCACCUGUCAGUAAUCCAUUAUUCACAUCGAUUUUACCAAAUUUUAUUCUGAAUGGUGCUAAACAACUAGGAUUUGUUAUUAAUGAAGACACUGAGAACUGUCCUGAAGGUUUUGGUAUGCCGAAAACGUUGAAUCUUAAUGGCGCCCGUUGGACCACAUCGCACCAUCUUCUAAAACAGAACAAACCGAACGUCGUCAUCAAAACGAACAGCCUAGUCAACAAAAUCCUGCUGCGUCAAAUUUUGAGGCCUAUGGAGUCCGAUACUCUUUCCUCGGCCAAUCGCGUUCCGCGUACGCUUCCAAAGGCGUCAUUCUAUCUGCCGGAGUGAUAGGGAGUCCGAAAAUUCUGUUGCAUUCCGGCAUU